AUGAUUGAGGCCAAUGUGGACGUACGCACCACCGAUGGCUAUCUGUUGCGAGUGUUUGUCAUUGGAUUCACUAAAAGACAACCAAAUCAGGUGAAGAAGACGUCGUACGCGCAGUACAUGCAAUCGAAACGGAUCCGCAAAGUGAUGACUGAUAUCAUACAAGACAUGGUUCAGUGCAAAGAGCUGAAGGAUGUGGUCAGAGACCUGAUACCCGACUCGUUCGCCACAGAGAUCGAGAAGGCGUGUCACUGGAUAUACCCGUUGCACGACGUGAUGGUCAGGAAGGUUAAGGUCCUCAAGAAACCGAAGUUUGAUUUGGGAAAACUCAUGGAUCUGUACGGCGAGACCAAUGACACCACCACUACAAUCAGGGCACCGACUGAUGAGCCCAUGAGA